AUGGAAAAAGACGAAUUGCUUGGGUUAAUCGAGUCGAAACCGGGAAUCUUGUUGAUUAAAUCUCUUGCGCGUGAUCAUCCAGAAGUUCGAGAUGUACGUCCCCUGGUAGAGAAUACGUUGGCUAGUGAUGAUGAGAUACAAUUGCGUAAUCAGUGGCCCGAUGGCUAUCCCGGUCCACCCACACUAGAGGAAGUGCGUAUUCUGAACGGUGCCGCGAUUCUGGCCGUAUUCAAAGAUGGCGGCUAUCGCGCGGGUGAUUGCAUUUCACAAGGCGACGUGCAAAAGCAUCUGAUGAAUUAUGUGCUCAAACGGGGACUGCGACGAACAAACGACCCAAAGUAA